AGCUCCCAAAAUUGCGCGUUGACAUUGUUCCCGUUGCAUCCGUCUGGUUUUUCACUCUCUCGCGCUUUCUCCAUCCAUGGCGUUGGAGACCCUCCGUCUGAAUCUCCUCCUCGCGCUGUUCGCGAUCAUCUCGCCGGGGAAUCGGUUCGCCACGGCGUCUCCAGAGGAUCAUCGCUACAAUGUAGGAGAUCCCGUCCCUCUGUUCGCCAACAAAGUGGGUCCGCUCCACAACCCCAGUGAGACCUACCAAUACUAUGACUUGCCAUUUUGCCGCCCAGACCCACUUAUCUGGAAGAGGGGAUCUCUUGGGGAAGUUUUGAAUGGUGAUCGCUUGACCAAUUCCUUGUACGAUUUGAAAUUUCGGGAUGUUAAGGAUGGGGAGAUUCUCUGCGAGAAAAAACUCGAAAUUAGUGAUGUUGCGAGAUUAAGGAGUGCUGUAAAUGAAGAUUUUUACUUCCAGAUGUACUAUGAUGAUCUUCCAAUGUGGGGGUUCAUUGGGAAAGUGGAAAAUAGUAGCUGGAGUCCUGGCAUAAAGGGACCUAGGUAUUAUUUGUUCAAACAUGUGCAAUUUGAUGCCUUUUACAAUGGUGACCAAAUAGUAGAUAUACAUGCUUUCAGUGACCCAAAUCAUGUUGUCGAUAUAACCGAUGAUAUUGAGGUUAAUGUAAAGUUUACUUAUUCAACUUUCUGGAAUGCAACCUCAAUUGGUUUCGAGGAAAGAACGAGCAAAUUUUCAAGGGCUUCAUUACUGCCAAUCCACCGACGGAUACACUGGUUCUCACUCAUCAACUCUACAGUCAUCUUGAUUCUUUUGAUGGGUUUGUUGACACUUCUUUUCAUGAGGCGCAUGAGAAAUGACCUAAGACAAUACUCUGCUGGAGACGACGAAGAAGAAAAUGAUGUUGCCAGGAAAUAUGUUUGUGGCGAAUUAUUCAGACCUCCAUCCCAUUUUCCCCUGUUUUGCGCAGUCUUGGGCUCAGGAAUGCAGUUAUUCACUAUUUAUCCGAUACAAAUGAAUUUGAACUUUCAGGGGUGGACUGUUCUCCUUACUGGCAUAGUUUACCUGGGCCCAGUACUUGUGAUAGCUUUUGUCCUUAAUGCAAUUUCCAUGGCUUAUGGAGCCACAGCUGCACUUCCAGUUGGCACCAUUUUCAUAAUCACCUUCAUUUUUAUGCCAAUUACCAUGCUGCUGCUUUCCUUGGGAGGGGUCAUACAACGCUUCUUCAGGACAGAAGUUCGUGCACCUUAUGUCACGAGGAAAAGUUUGAGAGAGAUUCCACCACUAGCUUGGUACAGGAAUUUGCCAUGUGAAAUGAUUCUCGGAGGUCUUGUAUCAUUUAGUUCUGUUGUUCUGGAGUUAUACGAGCUGCAUAACACCCUUUGGGGUUUCAAGAUCAGUGUUCUUCCAGGCACUUUGUUUGUGACAUUUGUCAUCCUCAUCGUAGUGACAGCUGUCCUUAGUGUUGUUCUGACAUACAUCCAGCUUUCAUCCGAAGACCAUGAUUGGUGGUGGAGGUGCGUAUUUCGUGGGGGCUCAGCAGCCAUAUUUAUGUUUGCCUAUUGCAUGUACUUCUACACAAGGUCAAACAUGAGUGGCUUCUUGCAGCUAUCGAUUUUCUUGGGCUAUAGUGCUUUAAUGUGCUAUGCAUUUUUUCUCAUACUCGGUACAGUCAGUUUCAUUACUUCGCUAAUGUUUGUCUGCCGUAAUUAUGAAGCUGUGAAGAGUGAAUGAAUCAUUGCUUCGGUGUGUUCAAUGUGAGUUGCCUUGCGUCUUGUAAACUACUGAGAUCGCGAAGCAAAGCCAGAAUACUGGAAGCUACACAGAGAAGGCAUUUCUUCCAUCCUUCCUCCAUGUAUGAUUGACCAAAAGGGUAGUUGAUGUCGCCCAUCUGAGUGUUGUCACAGAUGAAUGUCAGGUAAAAACAGUGCAGUAGCUCUUAGCAUAAGAAAAUCAAGAUGAUGAAGAGCAUAGAUGCAUUGUAGGCGGAACGGUGUAUGUUGGAGCAAUUUACUCAGCCUUUUCUGGCAAAAAAAUUGGUUAAUAUCAUGCUUUCUUUGUUG